AUGGAUCAGUCUCCGCAGUUUGUAGCCAUGUAUCUGCUGGUGCUGUCCCUCGGACUUAUGAUGGACAGGGGGAUUUGUCAGCACUACUACCUUCUCCGACCCAUCCCGAGUGACAGUCUGCCUCUUGUGGAAUUAAAAGAGGAUCCGGACCCCGUCUUCGACCCCAAGGAGAGGGACCUUAACGAGACCGAGUUGAAGAGCGUCCUGGGAGACUUUGACAGCCGCUUUUUGUCCGUUUUACCUCCCGUAGAGGAGAAAUACAACGGGAACGAUGAGCUGGAGGACUUUGAGUCGAUCCAAAAGCCCGGUGGAGUACUCCCGAAGGAGAUCCGAGCGCUGGAUUUCGACGUCCAGUUCGGCAAGAAGCACAAGCCCAGUAAGAAACUGAAGCGGCGGCUGCAGCAGUGGCUGUGGGCGUACUCGUUCUGUCCCAUCGUGUAUACCUGGACCGACCUGGGGAACCGGUUCUGGCCGCGGUUCGUGCGCGUGGGCAGCUGCCUCAGCAAAAGGUCGUGUUCGGUUCCGGAGGGGAUGGUGUGUAAACCCGCCAACUCGACUCACCUGACUAUACUGAGAUGGAGGUGCGUGCAGAGGAAAGGGGGACUAAAAUGCGCGUGGAUACCGGUGCAGUACCCGAUCAUCACAGACUGCAAAUGCUCCUGCUCCAGUUAAUAGACUCUGCAUCAAAAAAAAUAAAUUAUAAGCUCAUUAAUUUCUUUUUUUUUCUUUUUUUUUGGUGAUUCUUGUUCACAUGCACUACCGAGUGUAGGAAUGUAUUUUCUGUAUAUGCGGUGCCAUGCAGUUCUAUAUAGCUCCCUGUACAAAGUCAGUAUUAUUUGUAACCAGAGUCUACUUUAUUU